AGCAAAAUUAACUAACUAAAACAAAAUCAGAGAAAUGUGAACUCUCUUCUUGUGGCCGCUGCUGUGACUCUAACUGAAGCAAUUUUGAUCUAUAUAAAAAGGCUUCCAGUGCAAAGACUGUUCAGUUUUGGUUGAACCACUUUCAGAUUGUGCAACAAAAUUCAGUUUUAAGUUCUAGACAACAGAUCCUGUGCCUUUGGUUGUUUGAAGGUGUUCAAAAUGAAGGCAUCGACAUUGGAUAAAAUCAGCUGCUUCCUGGCCGAGCUGCUGGGCACAGGCAUUCUGGUCUUCCUCGGCUGCAUGGGCUGCGUGAAAACGGACAUCUUUCCCAACAAUCAUUUGCAGAUAAUUCUUAACUUUGGCUUUGCGGUUCUCAUUGCCAUCCAAUGUUUUGGCUGUGUGUCCGGCGCCCAUCUGAAUCCCGCCGUCACAGUGGCGGCCUUUAUCUAUGAACUGGUCAGUUUGCCCAUGGCUUUUGUCUACUUUGUUGGCCAAAUGUUGGGUGCCUUCAUUGGCUACGGCCUGCUCAAGGCCUUGCUGCCAUACGCAACAAUAAAUGUGCCCAAUGGCCUCUGCGUUACACUGCCCCAUGCCGAUGUCUCCAGCCCGCAGGCCUUUGGCAUUGAGUUUGCGGCCACCUCGAUUCUGGUCAUUGUUUGCUGCGGCGUCUGGGAUCCGCGCAAUGCCAAGCACCACGAUUCCGUGGCCAUUCGUUUUGGUCUGGCCAUUGCCGGUUUGGCCUGCGCCGCGGGUCCCUUCACUGGCGCCAGCAUGAACCCGGCCAGGUCCUUUGCGCCAGCGCUCUGGAACGGCAACUUUGAUGCCCACUGGAUCUAUUGGCUGGCGCCGCUGAGCGGUGCCGCCGUCACUGCCAUCGCCUACAAGGCCGUCUUCCGGCGAGAGGUUGUCGAGGCGCAGAUCAUGUCCGACGAGAAACUGCGCCAACUGGAGGAUGUUCAGCUCUCAUAGGCCAAUGUCACACAAGUGCCAAAACUGCUCUGCACUGCUCUCCCAGUGCAAGGGCAACCCCUUAAACAAAUCUAACUAGUUUUAAGCUAAGAUCAAUAUGAACGAAUUUUAUAUUGAUACAAAUGUUUGUAUACUUAUAUAAAGCUUCGAUAAAUAAAGCACAUAGACAUUUUUUCUAUCUCAAAAA